AUGGCCCCGUUCCUGAAACCUGAUGUCGAUAACGACGAGGAUGAUUCCCAAAGCUGCACCAGUGGUGAUUGCAGCAUAUACUCGUCAUCAAUCUCUUCGUCUCCAUCGAUAUGUGUUAGUAUGGAUUCUGCUUCCACUCUGAAGCCCUCUAACUCCACACAGUUCAAUACUAAACCUCAGCCUCUCAAAGAGAAGAAUGAGGGCACUGGAACGCAAAACACGCAUGGCGACUGCACGAAAGAUGUCACUUCGACCAUUUCCGACACUACCAAACAGAUAGAAUGUGACAUGGUUCGCCCCCGAUUCCACUAUCGGUCUCGAUCUGCGCCCGGCUUUCCCCAUUCUAUCCCUCCAGAUGGUCCUACAACUAUGAUCGACGAAGUUAACGACUUGAAGUCUUUCUAUCAGACCUGGAAGAAAUACGCCGUGACAGAGGAUCCAGAACCAGACGCCAUCAAAGACGAGAAGGAUGAACUGGAAACUUUUCCUACCGACGACGCCUUCGUUUUCCCAUUUUUCCAUUUGGAUUCUUCGAACUUUGGAUUCCACAAAUACCCUUUUCGAUUCCCCUUCUUCCACCUAGACCCCUCGAUCUUCGACGCACGCCGACGGCGAAUAAUAUUCCCGUUUUCUCACUUGGCGCCAUCUCUCUUCGAAUGCGAACCAAGGUCUAUGAGAAAGCCAGGUUCACCUCUUGAGAAGCUCAUGAAGAUGAUCGGGCUAGAAGAAGUCAAAAAGGAAUUCCUUUCCGUUCGGGAUCGAGUCAAGGCAGCUAAAGCUCGCAAGGAGAUGCCUCCAUCAAGGAGUUUGAAAUUAGACCUAAUAAUAACAGGAAAUUCCGGCACGGGCAGAUCAACCAUUGCCAAUAUUUACAGAGAUUAUCUUUAUUUUCUAGGUAUUGGGCCGGUGUGUACCUCGAUGGACGGUAGACAAAAUGACAGUUAUCGACAAAUGGAACGCAUGAUGCGUCAUCCCAUGUCUUCUUUUCUAGUCCGUGGCUUACCAGACGACCUUAGUGACUACAGCUACGACCCGUACCGGAUAAACGGGCGUAAUGACCAGGAUUCUAUCCUCGUAGUUGAUACCGACAACGAAAAGCUCAAAGGAAUAUUCAGCCAGCCAGAAGCUCAUGGUCGCUUUUCUCGACGGCUUAACCUCAAAGAUUACACCGACGACGAGCUACUCGCAAUCCUGAUCUGUUUGUUGAAGAAGGAUUCCUUGAAGGUCAAAGGUGGAUUCGACGCGCCGUUCCUCCGCAUGUUUGCUAGAAAGGUUGGACACGGACGAGGCCAAAAUAAUUAUAAGAACGUCAACACGCUCAAAGACGAGAUAAAGAAAGUGCUUCACCGGCGCGCUGAGCGUUUAGAGAAGGCAACGCAAGGGGAGACCAACAUGAUUGUGGGCAUUCAUAACCGAUCCUACGACUUGACGGAAUCGGACUUUUUCGGAAACCCUCCGAUAGACAUCUACAAGGAAAGCGAGGCAUGGAAGAAGCUUGAGAAGAUGGCUGGCAUGGAGAAGAUAAAGAAUACCAUAAAGGGGCUGAUUUCUCGACGAAAUAUGAAUUAUACUCACGAAAGGGCCGGAGAAAAACCCUUGAAAACUUCGCACAACUACGUUUUCCUAGGACCGCCCGGAACGGGGAAAACAACCGUAGCGGCACUCUUCGGUCAGAUAAUCGCGGAGCUUGGAUUUAUCGACAGCAGUGAAGUGGUCCUGAAGACGCCAUCGAACUUUCUCGGGAAGUAUGUUGGACACUCGGAAGACGAGACGCGAAAAAUCCUGGAGGAAACGGAAGGCAAGACUCUUAUUAUCGACGAAGCACACAUGUUCUACCAUGGCUCGGAGUAUGGCACAGACAAAUCGGACAUAUUCCGAAAAGGCAUCGUGGAUACCAUCGUCGCUCACGUCGACAACGAACCUGGGAACAACCGAUGCAUCAUCCUAGCGGGAUACCCGGACCGAAUGAAAGAGUUCUACCGCAACACCAACCCCGGAUUUCAAAGAAGAUUCCCCCUAGAGGAUGCCUUUGUGUUCGAAAACUACGACGUCAAAACUCUAAGCAACAUUCUCGACAUCAUGCUUGGCCAAGAUGGCAUCAUGGCUACCGACGAAGCGAAAUCCGUCGCGAUGGAAAUCCUCCAAAGAGAACGCGAGCUGCCGAACUUUGGCAACGGAGGCGCGGUCCGCAACCUAAUCAGCCGGGCACUAGCCUUAUAUAACAACCGAACGUCGUCGAUUUCAAGAGAACACCAAGACGCAGACAGCGAAACGAGCCGCAUCGUCCUAGAACCCCGCGAUUUCGACCCGGAGUACGACCGCGGACUUCGGAACCAGAAGGAUUACCGCUCGCUGUUCAAGGACCUGGUCGGCUUUCAGGACAUCAUUUCGGUCUUCCAGGGCUACCAGACGAUGACGGCGAACAUGCUCCAGUACGGCCUCGAUCCGCGCGAGGAAGUCCCGUUCAGCUUCGUCUUCAAAGGGCCGCCAGGUACAGGAAAAACCACGACUGCGCGGGCCCUAGGCCAGAUUUACUAUAGCAUGGGGCUCCUCUCCACCACGGAAGUCAUGGACUGUUCGGUGACCGACCUCGUGGGGACCGGGACCGGGCUCACGGGGCCCAAGGUGCAGAACCUCCUAGAGCGGGCCCUGGGCAAAGUCCUGUUCGUCGACGAGGCGUACCGCAUGGGGCAGACGGACCUCGCGGGCGUCUUCAUCAACCGGUUCGCGCAGGAAGCCGUCGGCGAGCUCGUGGACUGCAUGACGAAGGAGCGGUUCGCGCACAAGCUCGUCAUCGUGCUCGCCGGCUACGAGGCGGACAUGGACAAGCUCAUGGCCACGAACGAGGGCCUGCGCGGCCGCUUCACCGAGAUGGUGUUCCCGAACAUGCGGCCCAAGGACUGUCUUCGCCUCCUCCAGAAGAAGCUGGAGAAUAAGAAGAUCAGGAUCCUCGGCCCGAGGAAACAGGGGUCGCUGGAUAAGGUCGUGGACCUCUUCGAGAGCCUGAGCGGGACGGAGGCGUGGGCGAAUGCGCGCGAUGUGGAGACCAUUUCUAAGCGUAUUAUUCGCUUGGUUUUCAUGAAGAAGUUGCCCGCUGGGGAGCAUGCGGAGUUCGCGCUGGAAGAGGUUGCUGCUGUAUUGAAGCAGCUGCUUCGGGAACGGGGUGGUUAG